AACAAAAAACUUGCAAAAAAAAAAGAAAAAUUUGACUUUUUUUUUGCUCCGCAAAGAAUGAAUGAGGAAUUAAUUCAUGCAAGAACACGAGAAGAAGAAGUCCUAUCCAAGCCCUAUAAAUAGCAAACUUUCGCAACUGCAGAAUCAUCUCUUCUUCGCCUGCAAAUCAUUCUGGUGUCUUUUCCCGAGAGAAACAGCAUGCAAAGCCCAGUAAGAUUUUCAAGCUGCCGAGGAGUGGCUUUUGAAAUCAAACCUCAUCCUGAUCCAUUUGCCAUUUCAGCCCCCAGCAAAAAUGAUGACCCAAAAGGCAGCAACCGAUUUUGGCUUUCUUGGUUUCAAGCUGGUAGCUCCUCUAAAGUGUUCCCUUCUUCUGUUCAAAGAUCUGUAAGUCGAGGCAGUAGCCAUUUCUGUGACCUUGACCCUGAAGAUGACGAUAAAGAAGAGGAUGAUAUCAGUUUCGAAAGAUUGGAAGAAGGGAAAAUGGACGAGCUAGUGCAGAAGGAGACACCGCGUCCUUCUGCUAGUAAGAGUGAGCAACCAGCAAAGGCUGCUCGAAAGCAAGAAUCAAGGUUGUCGGUAAUAUUGCUUGAUCAAGGCUUGUUCACCGUGUACAAGCGGCUUUUUAUCAUUUCCUUGACCUUGAACAUGCUAGGUUUAAUCCUUGCAGCUACUGGAAACUUUCCGUAUGCAAGAAACAAGGCUGCACUCUUUGCCAUAGCCAACAUUCUUGCUCUGACACUAUGCAGGAGCGAAGCCUUCUUGCGAGUAGUUUUCUGGCUUGCAGUCAAGGUGUUUGGGAGAUCUUGGAUGCCUCUUCCAAUCAAGACUGCAACGACCUCUCUUCUUCAAAGUCUUGGUGGAAUCCAUAGUGGGUGUGGUGUUUCUUCAAUUGCCUGGCUCAUAUAUGCUUUAGUUCUCACUCUUAAGGAUAGAGAAAACACUUCCUCAGCAAUCAUAGGUGUGGCCUCCACCAUUCUUUCAUUUCUUUGCCUCUCUGCCUUGGCUGCAUUCCCUCUUAUUCGCCAUCUCCAUCACAAUGUAUUCGAAAGAACUCACCGAUUCGCUGGAUGGACAGCUCUAGCUCUGCUAUGGGCAUUUGUCAUGCUCACUAUCUCUUAUGACCCGAAAACCAGAUCCUACAGUAACGAACUAGGCUCCGAAUUGUUCAGACGGCAAGAAUUCUGGUUUACAAUAGCCAUUACGGUUCUUAUUAUCAUCCCAUGGAUUACAGUAAGAAGAGUACCUGUCAAAAUAUCUUCUCCUUCUGGCCAUGCCUCAAUCAUAAAAUUCCAGGGAGGAGUAAAAGCUGGAAUUCUAGGAAGGAUUAGCCCAUCCCCAUUAUCAGAAUGGCAUGCUUUUGGUAUUAUUUCCGAUGGGAAAACAGAACACAUGAUGCUAGCUGGUGCAGUCGGUGACUUUACAAAAUCUUUAGUCGCAAACCCACCGAGCCACUUAUGGGUUAGACAAGUGCACUUUGCAGGCUUGCCUUAUCUAGUAAACAUGUAUGACAGGGUUCUUUUGGUGGCUACCGGUUCAGGAAUUUGCGUUUUCUUGUCAUUCCUUUUGCAGCCAUGUAGAGCUAGCGUAUGCUUGCUUUGGGUGGCUAAAGGGAUAGAACAAAACUUUGGUAAAGAGAUUAAGGAGAUGAUGAGCGGGCAUCCUAAAGACAAGGUAAUUGUGCAUGAUACUGCUAUAUUAGGUCGGCCUAAUGUUUCCCAAACGAGUGUUGAUACUGCUAAAAGCUGGGGAGCUGAAGUUGUCAUUGUCACGAGCAAUCCUGAAGGAAGCCGAGAUGUUGUAAAUGCUUGCAAAGCCGCACGAAUUUCAGCGUUCGGUCCUAUCUGGGAUUCUUGAACUCAGUGCAGUAUUAUAUGAUAUCUAAUUCUAUGUUAUCUUCUAUUUACUAUUUGUUUCUUUUUUAUCCGUCUCAUGUCCAAAUCAAUCAACGAAAGAUUAAACUCUAAUUUAUGAUCAUAAAUUAAUCCCGGCACAUGUAUGCAUUAAGAUAAUGUCUCAUGUUGCUAUUGAAAAUUAAUAAAGUAUACUUUUUGACCUAAUAUCGAAAUUGAUGGCAUUAAUUUUCCUUGUCAUUUUACUGUCUUU